GAGGGUAACAAUAGGGAUGCUGUCAAAUUGGUGAUUGAUCUUCGUGAAUCUGGAUUGAAGCCAGAGGUUUAUAGCUAUCUAAUUUGCAAUGACAGCAGUGGUUAAAGAGCUUGAUGAAUUUUCAAAAGCUCUGCGUAAGUUGAAAGGUUUUGCAAGAGCUGGUUUUGUAGCUGAACUUGAUAUGGAAAAUGUUGGUCUUAUAGAAAAGUAUCAGUCUGAUCUUCUGGCUGAUGGGAUGCGUUUAUCUGGUUGGGCAAUUCAGGAGGGAAGCUCUUCACUUUAUGGGCUGAUUCAUGAGCGGCUUCUUGCUAUGUACAUUUGUGCUGGUCGGGCACUUGAAGCUGAAAGACAGUUAUGGGAAAUGAAGCUUGUUGGUAAACAGGCUGAUGGGGAUCUAUAUGACAUUGUCCUGGCUAUCUGUGCUUCCCAGAAGGAGUCCAAUGCUAUAGCCCGGUUGCUCACUAGAAUGGAGAUUUUGAGUUCUCUGUGUAAGAAGAAAACUUCAUCAUGGUUAUUGAGAGGUUACAUCAAAGGAGGACAUAUCAAUGAUGCUGCCCAAACAUUGAUCAAAAUGCUUGAUUUGGGUUUAUAUCCAGACUAUUUAGACAGAGCAGCUGUUAUGCAGGGACUGAGGAAAAGAAUCCAACAACCCGGAAAUGUUGAAAGGUAUCUUAAUCUUUGCAAGCACCUUUAUGGUGCUAGUUUGAUUUGACCUUGCCUUGUAUAUCUGUAGAUAAAGAAAUAUAAGCUUUGGAUUAUCAAAAUGCUAUAGAUGUCUCUGAUCAAAGUGCAGACCAACUACGACAUCAGAGCUAUGUCUCUAGAGUUUUGUUCUUGGGGGGUUUGUAUGAAUACUUGUAUAGAUGGUGGCAAUUGUAUACAUAAUAAAGAAUGUUAUACAGA